AAUGGUUUUGAUUAUCAGUUUCUACUUAACCGAAAUCUUUAAUAGGUCCAUAUCGAAGACAUGAUACCUAGAAGUUUGAGUGCUAUUUUAAUACUCGUUAUUUGCCUAAAUUUAGGGGCCCUCGGGGUUGCAAAUGCGAAGCCCUUUCCCACUUGGUCUGGUGAUUUAUUUUAUAAAGUGACUUUUGAAAUACUCGAUGGGAAUAUAUCAAUACCGAUUAAUGUAACGCAUGUGAAAAAUCAUGGUGAAACCGAUGUUCAUUAUUCAAUUUACGAUGGAUUAAAUGAGCAUUACAGCAUGAGUCAAAAUGAUUUCUUCAUAUAUCCCAAACUAGGUAAACGUAGAUGCGUUGUCGGCGCAAAUAGCGAGUUUAUCGCUGAUUAUUUACCCUCUGCGGAAUACAAUUGGAUUUAUCUUAUGGAAAAAGAUGGUCUUGAUUAUUGGAAAUCGGAUUCUAGCAUUAUCUAUAAUGAACUUGAUAAUAAUAUGAUAUUCGUAUCUAGAGCAAGCGAUAAUUCCCCAGUUCUUCUUCAAGCCACUUCGGGAUAUCCUCACAGUAAUCCAUAUUUUUAUCCUGUUAAGCUAACAUAUUCUUCCUUUCGAUCGGGUAGCUUCUCUAUGCCUCAACCGCCUAGCUUUUGUACAAAAAAGUUAGGGUUUGAGUCAGAGCACGCUCACAUUGUUUCUUUACUAAAAGGGUUGCACGGGCUGAUAAACCGAGGACCUCACAACCGAGAUGUGCGAUAUCACCACGAGUUUUUUAACUUUAUAUCAAAGCAUUCGAAGUCGUACAAAAACGAGGAAGAAUAUAAUCGAAGAUUAGCAAUAUUUAAACACAAUCUACAAAUAAUUGAGGAGCACAAUAAGAACCCGGAUGUGCCUUACUCUCUAGGUAUCACGAAGUUCUCGGAUAUGACCGAUGAAGAAUUUAGAAUGACGUAUAUGCCGAACCAAAAAAAUUAUAACAUACAGGAUAUACUGAAAAACACGGGAAUUCACAGAAGAGGUUUGUAUAACCUUCCUGAAUACACUAAUUGGAUUGACAGAGGAGUAGUUGGUCCGAUAAAGGAUCAAGGAUUCUGCACAAGCAAUUGGGCAUUCAGCGCUAUUGCCGCUAUAGAGAGUGCUUGGGCUAUCAAAACAGGAGAUUUGUAUAGUCUCUCGGAACAGCAAGUUAUUGAUUGCGUAGACAAUGGUGGUUCUAGCUGCGCUGGCGGAGAUGCCUAUGAUGCUAUUAAUUGGAUCUCACAAAAUGGCAUUGCUCCGGCACAUAUAUACAACUAUUUGAUGGUAGAUGGGAAUUGCAGGAAGCAUAAUUACACUAAUGUUGAAAUUAGCAAAAUCAACAUAAUCAAUGAUAUCACUACAGAUAAUGUAAUGGAUGCAGUGUCCCGCUAUGGGCCAGUUGUAGCUCGUUUACAAAUUGGUCAACCUCACAAAUUUAAAUUAUAUACUGGUGGUAUAUACAUUCCAGAUUACUCCAAGUGUGUAACUAAGGGGGGUUACGAUGCCUUGAUUGUUGGCUAUGGUAUAGAUGUUAAUUCUAGUGGAGUUGCUAUACCAUACUGGUUAGUCAAAAAUUCUUGGGGACCCUAUUGGGGUAUAAGGGGCUACUUCAAAAUUUUGCGUGAACGGGGAGGUGACGGUGAUGAGCGCUCCUGCAUCAUCCAGUCGGCUAUGUAUCCCAUAGUUAAAGUUUAAUCCAAGUUUCGUUUAAAUGACUUUAUAUCUCUAAUAUUGAAUAAACCAAUAAAUAUAUGUUUUAUUGACGAAAAAUACAAAUCCGCCGUGGAUUUGUAUUGUCUUGUCUAUAGCAGUUAUAUAUAUAUAGUGAUACGUUUUCAUUAUAAA